CACUUGUUUGGCUUGUCCUGUUCAUUGGAUUCGAAGGAUAUCGUCUCCUUUUGCUGCUGCUGUUGCGUGUCUAUGUUCUCGGGGCGGUGGUGUGUGGGGGUGAGAGAAAGACUGACAGUGGCGCAGAAGGUGCGGGCAUGGGAGGGGGCAUGAUGGACCUCCACCUGCUGGAAGAGUGCCGUCCUUAGAGCCUGAGUACACCUGCUUCUUUCCAUGACUUCUUCUCCUGCCAUGUCUCACUCUGCCGCUGUUGCCGCUGUUCUUGUUUGAUGUUGAUGGCACUUCAUGGUGAUUCGAUCCCAACGACUGAAGCAGCUUGAUUCGAGGAACAUGGCUUCAGUCGCCAGAUCUUAACGACCUUUCAAGCAAAGCUUCGGAGAGCCACCACCACCAUUAUCAAAUAGAGGGAAGGGUGCUGGUGUCUCCUCUGCCGGACCAAGUUGCGCCAGACUCACAAGGGCUGGAAUACUCAGUCUUCUUCCUCCUACAGUAGGUCCACGCAUGAUGCUCUGAGAGCACCUGACACACUUGUUUAUAAGAGUUGCCGUUCCUUAGAUGCAAGGAAUGCAGGGUGGCAUCAGUUGAGCAGAAGUGUAGAGGAGAGGGUGCAUUCUUUUUGUUCCAGGAUGAAGUUUAUGAAGCUCGGAUCAAAGCCAGAUUCAUUUAAGAGUGAUGGGAAGGAUAUCAGGUUUGUAGCAACCGACCUGGCAGCCGAUAUCAUCAUCCAUGUGGGCAAUAUCAAAUUCCAUUUGCAUAAGUUUCCCCUGUUGUCCAAGAGUUACUACAUGCAGAAGUUGCUGAUGACUACAAACAACGAAGCAACUGAUGAGAUUUGCAUUUCAGAUAUUCCUGGCGGUGUUGCUGCAUUUGAAAUUUGUGCCAAAUUUUGCUAUGGUAUGACCGUGACACUCAAUGCUCACAAUGUGAUUGCUGCUCGAUGUGCCGCUGAGUACUUAGAAAUGCACGAAACUGUCGAGAAAGGGAACCUUAUCUACAAAAUUGAAGUCUUCCUCAGAGCUAGCAUUUUCCAUGGCUGGAAAGAUUCAAUCAUAGUUCUCCAGACUACAAGGUCUCUUUUGCCAUGGGCUGAAGACUUGAAGUUGAUUAGCCACUGCAUAGACUCUGUAGCCUCCAAGGCAUCCACUGAUGCUUCCAAAGUUGAAUGGUCAUAUACCUAUAACAGGAAGAAGCUUCCAUCUGAAAACGGUCCCAAUGAACAACAAUGGAACGGAGUCAGGAAGGAAAAUUCAGUGCCUAAGGACUGGUGGGUUGAGGACUUAUGUGAACUUGAAAUGGACUUCUUUAAGAGGAUCAUAGUGGCCAUCAAAGCCAAGGGGAGAGUCUCUUCUGAAGUUAUCGGGGAAGCACUGAAAGCUUAUACAUACAAGAGGUUCACAAGUUUGGGCAAAGGACCUGCGAGAAAUGGCAUUGAUGCCACAAAGAGCUCGUCAUGGCUGGAGACUAUCAUUUCGUUGUUGCCGUCAGAAAAGGGUUCUGUUUCAUGCAGUUUCCUUCUGAAGUUACUAAGAGCUGAAAGCUUACUGAAUUGUGGUGAAACUUGCAAGAAGGAACUCGUGAAGCGAAUAGGCCGCCAGUUAGAGGAUGCUUCAGUCUCCGAUCUUUUAAUUCAUACUACUUCGGAGAAGACAGUAUAUAAUGUUGACACCGUGUUCAAUAUAGUGGAAGAAUUCAUAAUGCAGGCCGACAACGAAGAUCAUCCCGGUCCAACCGCAACCGACGAGACAGCUCUGGCUUCAGGGAGCUCCAAGAUCUCUGUAGCCAAGCUGGUUGAUAACUAUCUUGCUGAGAUUGCAAAAGACCCUAAUUUACCUCUUUCCAAGUUCAUUGAUCUUGCUGAACUUGUUCCGAGUGAUUCAAGACCUGUACACGAUGGGCUUUAUCGUGCCAUCGAUACUUAUCUCAAGGAACAUCCAGGCCUUAGCAAGAGCGAGAGAAGAAAGCUAUGCAGCCUGAUGGACUGCAAGAAGCUCUCGGUGGAUGCUUGCGCACAUGCUGUACAAAACGAGCACCUUCCGUUGCGGUCGGUGGUGCAGGUCCUUUACUUCGAGCAGAUGCGGGUAUCGACUUCCGCCGCCAGCCGUGCUGAGAGUGGUGGUUCAUACGGGAGCUCGAGGUCGGCCAUCACAACCAACACUGAGGAUGACUGCGACGGCGUCGCAACUGGGGACCUGAAUUCUGUGAAGGGACAUGAAUGUAGCAGGAGCAGUGACAGCAAGGUGAAAGGCACGACAACGCCGAAGAAGAUGCUUCGGAAUCUAAUAUCGAACAAAGCGCAGGCUGGGGAGAGCAGUAGCUCCUCCGACACAUCUGGAAGUCCAAACUCAGCUAAUCCGGAGAAGGAGAAGCCCAAGUCGACCCGUUGAAGGAACAUCGUCGGAGAGAGGCACUGCUGCUGAUGUCUUUCUUGGUUUGAUGAACCACCAGAACCAGUUUUACAUGCACAACCGAGUAAUCAAAGUACAAUUUUCAUGAAGAUCGAAAUGCGAAUGCUUAAUUCUGGGAAACUCUUGUUCUCUUGCUGUACAUCGAGCAGGAAUUAGCAUAGACUGGAACACUUGAUUGUACUGAAAUCCAUAUGAAAUUUGGCAGUCAAGAAACCCAUAACUUGUAGUUAUGUAAUGCAACUCAGCUUUGAGAUGUGAGAAUGACUCUUGGAAAGAGAGAAGAAGAGUUUGCUCAUAAUAGGAAUGGAAAUUACAAGCGUCA